GAUUAAAUUUGUUUACAUUUUGAUAAAAUUACGAUCUGGGGUUUGGCAAAAUAAUAAAAACAAAUAGAAUGCAUCCUUCACACAAAGCUAAUUUUUGUCGUGCCUGCCUCAUAAAAAUUGAGCCAGAUGAUCAACAUUUGGAAAGUCAACAAGAGAAAUACAUAGAACUCUCAAAAUAUCCCAAUCUAGAACAAUUGAUACAAUUAUGUUUGCUAGGGAACCGGACAUUGCCACAAACAGACACCAAUAGCUCUUGUGGUGACACUGAUGCAGAUGGCUAUAUCCUACCGUAUAUGUGCCGUAUUUGUUUUGUGAAAUGGCUAGAUUUUGAGCAACAUUACCAAUUACUAUUAAGAAAUAACGCCAAAUUAAAAAAGCUGCUCUCCAACGACAUCGCUUGCAGUACUUCCGAUAGCAAUGGAGAGCCAAAUAAAAUAUUUAUUGAAACAUCAGCCACUGCAGAGCUAUACGAAAUUGAGAAAUACGAGACUAGCUCACCAUUUUAUCAGGAUUGUAGUUCAAACCAAGAAUCAAUUCAAAAUACAGAAGACUUUGUUGGUGAUAAUUCGCGACUAGAUAACAACUCCCUGCUAACCCUCCUGCCAGAUCCUGUGUUGGAUGAAAGCUCUAGUUUUGCCGCCGAAGAUAAAGAUGACAAAAAAACUACCAAAAAUAAACCACACAGAGGACGUUCAAAAGCAUCACAGAUCAAAAGAAAAUACACUAGGCGGAAUGCAAAUAAAAAAAGUCGACAAGAUACAUUAAAGGCUGCUUCCAGCAAGAUUAGUAUAAACAAAAAGGCACUUUAUCGAUGUGAUCCAUGUAAAAAAUAUUUCUAUGAAAUCAACCGGUAUGAGGGGCAUAUCAAACUGGUACAUGAGGGUAUUAAAAAGGCUUUCCAGUGCAAUCAUUGUGGCAAGGCCUACAAAUUUUACAAAAACCUCACCGAGCACAUAUCAGACAAUCAUUCGGAUAAGCCACAAAAACCACGUUUUUGUGAAUUGUGCAAUAAGGAGUUCAAGACAUCCACAACACUAAAGAAUCACAUGAAAAUUAAACAUCCAGAUGAUGGUGAUAGUUCAAUCAACAGCAGACGCGUUAUGUGCGAACAAUGUGGAUUCCUUGCUGCAAGCCCCGAAUCAUUGGCAGCUCACAUUAAAAAUAUACACACUGAAGCAGAACAAUUCAAAUGUGAUAUGUGUCCUAAAGUGUUUAAAUGCAGAUACUACUUGAAACAUCACACCAUGAUACAUCACAGUGAGGUGAAAAUUAAACCUUUUAAAUGCACAGAAUGUGAUAUGGCAUUCACGCGAAGAAAUGGUUUGACAAAGCACAAACUAACCCAUAUUAAUUAUACCGAACGCAUUAAAUGCGACUUUGAGGGCUGUGAUGUGCGCUUUUUAAAUGCCGAUGCGAAAAAGCGGCACACGCGCCUGGUCCACCUUAAAGUCAAGCAGCACAUUUGUGAUAUAUGCGGCGAAGCAUUCGGUAUAAAAGCCACUCUUCGACAUCAUCGUUACAUACAUACAGGUGAAAAACCAUAUAAGUGCAAUGUUUGUGGUCAGGGCUUCCGACAACAUACUGCCAUGAAAACUCAUGCCAAAACUCAUAUUAGUAAGACAUUAAAAGUUAGCUCAAAACAACAGGAACAACUCAGUAGUAAUAGUAGUACUAGUACAUCAAAAAACUUGGCCGAUUUUGAAAAUAGUUUGAAUACUUUUUAAAUUAGUUUGUAUGAAUAUAUCUGUAUAUUUAAUAAAUUUUAAAAUUUACAAAAUUGUCUUAGCACGAAUGCGA